AUGCACGAUUUGAUCGCUAGCUCUAUGAAGAAUGACACUAACGAACGCUCAUUGACACCUACUCAGCGACAGAUUAUGCAAAUUCUUAAAUUUAACCAAGACCAGUUAGAGUUUCAUGAGAGUACAUUACUUCACGAGCUCGAGCAAAGGGUGGGUGAUGCGCAUGAAGGCACUUCAACAACAAAGCAUGUUGAUGAAGCAAUAUCCGUGGAGGAAGAACAGCCUACCUUACAACCGAAAUGCUCUCCUGGUACAAAACCUCUAUUAGCUUCUUUUGAAUUAGCUCAAAAUAAAUCGCCAAAAUCCCCAAUUGUUGAAAUUUCCCCAGCUCUUGUUAACCUCAUUCCUUUCCCUUCAUCGAUGCUUUCCCCAAAAGAAGAAACAUCUACUAGCCAUAAUUAUCAUCAGCAAUCUUUUUCAUCACCUGGACCUCAUUAUAUUCAGGAAGAAAAGAUCUCAUCGACAUCAAACCAUUUAGAAUUACCUCCAAAUCUUUCAUUACUUGCCCCUGUCUAUUUACCUGUUACUGUUACCUCUACAGAAGUGCUUGAUAUGUGUAAAAAACGUCUUUCAAAACCAGAAGAAUAUAAGCCUAUUUUUGAUGAAAACUUUCCUCCACCCAAAGAGCCAGUACCUCCACCAAAUACAACUUUUACAUCUAAAGAAAAUUUAUUGUUAAAAACUCCUGUUGUUCUUGUUGAAAACCAAAGAGAGGCUAUGGCAAUUGAAUUACAAAGAUUUUGUUAUACUCAGCCAAUUGUACUUAUUCAUGGUUUAACACUAGCAUUAAAAAUCGAUUUGAGCCAAUUUUCUACAAAAACUCUUAUACAAACUGCCGCAGAUCAUGAGGUUGAAGUUCGGACACAGUACAAAAUGCCUUAUGAUGUAAAUGUUGAUCAAAUGGGAAAUCCAACAUGGUCAAUUAGAAGCAGUAAAAGUUUCACAACAAUAAGUAGAUUUGGUCAAUAUCAAGCAGAAUCAUUUAAACAUUCAUUAAAAGAAGAAACAGAAAAAUUAAAACAAUCAAAUCCCAAACUUUAUGGAAGUAGUAAUAUACCGUCAUGCUCAUCUUCUUUAAAUUCUGAAAAUAUUGUUUCAAGCGAUUUAUCACCAAUUCCAAAUAAAAAGCAAAGGAAAAUAAUAUUGAAUAAUAAUAAUGGAACUCCAACAAAUAAUUCUGGGAAUUCUGAAAAGGAAUAUAAAAUGAUUAAAUUUGGAACUAAUGUUGAUUUAUCUGACGAAAAGAAAUUUUCUUUUCAAUUAAAGGAAUUAAAUAAGCUUCCUCCAUUUUGUCGAAUAACUUCAGCAAGUAAUAUGUUAUCUUAUUUGGGACAUACUGUUUUUGGAAUGAAUACAGUCCAAUUAUAUUUAAAAGUGCCUGGUUGUAGAACACCCGGUCAUUUAGAAAAUAAUUCAUUUGCAAGUGUUAAUGUAAAUAUUGGACCUGGAGAAUGUGAAUGGUUUGGUGUUCCUUAUGAAUAUUGGCCUGCUUUGGCUCAAAUGUGCAAAGAUCGCAAUAUUGACUUUCUUCGAGGUGCUUGGUGGCCAAGUGUUGCAGACUUAAUUAAAGCAGAUUUACCAUUCUAUCGUUUUACUCAACGUGCUGGUGAUGUUGUUUGGGUCAAUGGUGGCUGGUGUAAUAAUGUUGCUUGGAAUGUCGGCCCAAUGACUGCAAAUCAAAUAGAAAUGGCAUUAACAGCAUAUGAAUGGAAUAGAUUAAAUUCUUAUCGUUCCCUGGUUCCCAUGCAACAUCUUUGUUGGGCACUUGCAAAAGAUGUUAGAUUUAGUAAUCAAAAAUUAUAUAAUAAUAUAAAAAAUAUGUUAAUUCGUUCAUUGGCUUAUUGUCAAAUGCUUGUAGACUUUGUGGGAACAGCCAUGAAAAGUCCUAUUAAAAUGCAGCAAAAACAAAAAGGAGAAUGUUUGUUUUUUUUUGAAAAUAUUAAAAUUAUUUUUAAAGGUGCCCAUUAUUGUCAUUUAUGUGAAAUCGAAGUAUUUAAUAUACUUUUUGUUAAAGAAAUUAGUGGAAAAUGGAAAAUAUUUUGUUUUAAAUGUGCUAAAAGAAAUAAUCUGGAUGAAUAUGUGGUUUUACAACAAUAUCCGUUUGAGGAAUUACAACUAAUUUUUGAUAGGUUUCAACUUCAAAUUACAAAACCUACAGUGAUUUGCUAA